UCUAUUACUCCUUACAUUAUUGUUAACAACUAAACACAACAAAAAAAAAACCAAACAAAAAAAAAAAAUGAACUCAUCAUCUUCAGAAACUUGUUCAUUUUAUUCAUCAUCUCCAGAAACGUUCUCUUGGGAAGAAUUUAAUCUACCAAAUAUUCUUCCCUUGGACGAAAAUGAGAUGACAAGCUAUGCACGCACCACGACGAUACCAGGAGCGGUAUCAUCCUCAUCCUCGUGGAGGAGGGUUGGAGUGAAGGAGGAAGAAGUAUCAUCAUCAAUGUCAUCAUCAAUAAUCAAGGAAGAAAAGAAUACACGUAGAGGUGAAGGUGAAAAAUCAUAUAGAGGUGUAAGAAAACGUCCUUGGGGAAAAUAUGCAGCUGAAAUAAGAGAUUCAACGAGAAAUGGUGUUAGGGUAUGGUUAGGAACCUUUGAUACACCUGAAGCUGCGGCAUUAGCUUAUGAUCAAGCCGCGAUUUCGACUCGAGGAUCCAUGGCUGUUCUUAAUUUUCCAGAGGAAGUAGUGAAAGAAUCGCUUAAAGAGAUGAAUUAUGAGUUUGGAAAUGGGUGUUCGCCAGUUUUGGUAAUGAAAAAUAGACUUUCUUUAAGGAAGAAUAAGUCUAAUAACUCUAUGUGUAAGAAAAACAAAGGGAAAAUAAACAAGGGAUCAUCAUCAUCGUUGGAAAAUACUAAUACUAAUACUAAUACUAAUAAUAAUAGUAGUAAUGUGUUUGUUUUUGAAGAUUUGGGUUCUGAUUACUUGGAACAAUUAUUGAUGGCAAGUGAAAGUAUUAGCAAUUCUUAAAUUAAGGUGAUAUUUUUAAUUAGAGUUACCUAGCUAGCUCAAAUGUGAAAAAUAUUGUUUUUUUUUUUAUAUUUUUUUUUCUUUUGUGAAUUUCUAGUAUUAGUAAUUUUUGUUUUUUUUUUUCCUUUAAGCUAUUUUUUGUUUUUAUAUUUUGUAAAUUUUGGACUAUGUGGAUUCAUUUU